AUGAGGCCCCGCGGGCAGCGGGGAAAGGGCGGCGCGCGCCUUCGCUCCGAGGAACCGCCUUUGCAGGAACCCCCUGCCCACCAAGGCCCUCUGCCUAGACGCGGAUUCGUUUCUCGGGGGCCGUUCCGUCUCGCCCAAGUUCUCCAGGGCUUUCCGGAGAGGCCCAUGGGGCCAGUGGCCGCCCCUCGGGAAGGGCAGGGCACCGGACACACGGGAGGCAGGGAAAAGGCGGCCCCGAGGCGGAAGCCGGCUUCCCACAGGACGCGCCGCGGGUCGGCCAUUCCGGGCCACGUGCCCGGCGGGCCCAGCCCUGGCUCCCCCCCGCCCCAAACCCGCCCCCCUACCCUACCCCCCACCCACCCCGGAGAGGCCGGAGAGCGGGGAGUCCAAGGGCGGCCUGGCCUACUCCGCAAGGCUGUUUCAGGAGGGCCGGAGAGUCUUCGGAGGAGCCGCCGCUCGGUGAAAUGUCACGAGCCCCUCAAGAGGCCCCCCCGCCGUUACCCUGGCAACGGCGAGGGCCGGCGCCCCUGCUGGCCUACCUGUCCGGGCAGGGAAGGGGCGAGGAGGGAGCCUCUCUCUCAGACAGGCGCGCGCGCACUGCUGUUGCCGCCGCUUCUCCGCUUCCUCUCGAAGGCCGCACUGGAGGGCGAAGUGAAGGAGACGCCGCGCGCUCGCCGCGGGCCAGGACCCCGCAACGAUGGGGGGGCUGCCCCCGUUGGCGCCGGAGAGAAUCUCCCCCUUUCCUGCUGCCGGCUUUCGCUCGGCGCCCCUCCAGGGGACAUGAGAUAUUGA